AUUACCACAUACCAUUAAUGGAACCCACAUUGUAGGUGUAACACAGCCACAGGACGCACGCAGGGAGAGUGGUGAUGCUCUUCCGGACGGUUCCAUCGUUUUACGCACGCUAAAUGAGCUCGAUGAAUGUAUAAAAUCUAAGGGGAAACACAUCGGUGUUUGUUUUGAUUACUUAAACUGUCAAAACCUUACUCACCAUCGUCCAUCCACUUAACAGAUAUUGUACAGUCGUGUACCGUCGUGCGUAAAAUGGUACGCUCCACCUGCAGUCUGCGGGCUAUAAACCCCUGCAAAGCUCUUUAAGCCCCUCAGUUUUAUCUCUGACUCACGGCAAAUAUGAGCCACGGAGACCGUUACACUUCUUCAUCCUACCGGAAGAUUUUCGGGGAUUCUCCCAAGUUCCCCAUCUCCUCCUCUCGCAUGGGCAGCGCCUCUCCUCGGAGCACCUCUGGGCUCAGGUCCAUGGCGGCGUCCCGCAACAGCGCGACCUCCAUGAGCCUGUACAGACGGGUCGGCCGGUCCGCCUCUUACUCUCCGGUGCCCACUGACUCCCUCGACUUGACCCAGACCUCCGUGGUCAACAGUGAGUUCAAAGUCGUCAGAACUAACGAGAAGGAGCAGCUGCAGGGUCUCAAUGAUCGCUUUGCCAUGUUCAUCGAUAAAGUCCGGCACCUGGAGCAGCAGAAUAAGAUGUUGGAGAUGGAGCUGGUGACGCUGCGGCAGAAGCAGGGCGAGCCAUCCCGUGUUGCUCAUCUCUACCAGCAGGAGCUGAGGGAGCUGCGGUCACAGGUGGAGGAUCUAAACAGGGACAAGAACCGCAUCCUGAUCCAGAAGAACAACUUUGAGGAUGAGCUGCAGAAGCUCAGUGUGAAAUUUGAUGAGGAGGCGAGGGCACGGGAGGAAGCUGAGCAAACCUUGAGAGCCUUCAGGAAGGAUGUGGAUGACGCCACAACCGUUCGCCUGGACCUGGAGCGCCGUGUGGAGUCGCUGAUGGACGAAAUCUCCUUUAUGAGGAAAGUGCACGAUGAGGAGAUCCAGGAGCUGAGCAGCAUGAUGGAGGAGCAGCAGGUCUCUGUGGAGCUUGAGCUCGCCAAGCCGGACCUCACCUCAGCUCUGAAGGAGAUCCGCAACCAGUAUGAAUCCAUCGCCUCCAAAAACCUGCAGUCGGCCGAGGAGUGGUACAAGAGCAAGUUUGCCAGCCUCAGUGAGCAGGCCACCAGGAGCAACGAGGCUAUGAGGGCCAGUCGGGAGGAGAUCAGUGAGUUCAGGAGGCAGCUGCAGUCCAAGACCAUCGAGAUAGAAACCCUGAGGGGUGCCAAUGAGUCUCUGGAGAGGCAGAUUGCAGAGAUGGAGGAUGGACACAACUCUGAAGUCUCAGCACUGCAGGACACUAUUUCCCACCUGGAUACUGAGCUGAGGAACCUGAAGGGUGAGAUGGCCCAGCACCUGAGAGAGUAUCAGGACCUGCUCAAUGUCAAGAUGGCCCUGGAUAUAGAGAUCGCUGCCUACAGGAAACUGCUGGAGGGGGAGGAGACCCACUUUAACUCAGGGAUGUCGUUUGGCACUGCCAGCUUCAGCUACCAGCCUCGAGCCACCGCCGGCUCCUCCAGGAGUGGCCAUAAGGAGAAAGAAGGGGCCAAGAAGGAAAGCUUCAAGGAGAGCGGUGAGGACAAAGAUGAGGCAGACAUCAACUCCAACAACUGAAGGAAGAAUGGCAGAGGAAUCUGGAGACUGUAGUUCAUAGUCACAUACUGUGUUUAUUAAGGGAAACACUACAACAAAUGUUUUAGAUUUAGAGUUGAAAGUCCCAGUAUUUAGAUGAUAUUUGGACUCUAAAACUUAUUGCAUUUUCUUAGGGUAAAAUGUUUGUCAGUAAAAAUGUAAGUCUCUGACACUAAAAAAAACUGACCUCUAUAUCUAGACCAAAUGUACUGUAUGUCUCCAGAGGAAAUGAAUAUGUUGCAGAUUAUUAUGGUAAAUAUGUGACCAGGUAUCAAAUGCUACACAAAUCAAUUUCCAUUUUGGUGCUGUGAAAAUGCACUGAAACCUGUGUGACUGGUGAGAAAAAAAAACUCAGAUAGAAACUUAAUUUCAUAGUUCAACUUCUCUGUUGUUUUGGCAUGUUUUAACAAACUAUGAAGUUAGUUAAGACUGUAUCCGUAAUUUGUGUAGAAAUGUUUCCCCCCUUGUUGACAUCAUCAGAUACAUCAUGUUUUAUUAUCACAUACACAGUGUUUUAGGCGUGAAAACUAUUAAACACAUCAGAUACUACAAGUAGUCCAGGUCCAGUGGAAAACUGUUGGUUCAGCUGCACUCAGUAAUGGAUGAAUAAAAAGACAUGACUGACAAAUUGUUUCUUAUGAUUAUUAUGCAAGUCAGCAUAUUCACAAAUCCAGGAGGACAUCCAUUCAAGUCCUCCUCCAGUCAGUUGUUUAUCUACAUAAGUUCAAGCCACACUGGGAAGGAGCCUCAACUCAAUACUAAUUUGCAGCUGUACUUUUUUUUAAAAGAUUGUUUACUCAUAAUUCUACUGUUUUCCUGACUUCUGUAUCAAAUUCUUAAAAAUAUUCAACCAUUGAAAUAACGAAUACUUUUGAGCAAGAUAGUAAAUAGAAAUUAAGAUUAUGUUAGACCUGCAAUAAUACAUAUUCUGCUCAUUUUCCUGUGACAAGGUGGAAGUUAUAUGGCAGAAAUUAUCUCUGCAGGCAACGCUAA